ACCGUUUCCGCGGGCAGUGUGCAGGGUUGUGCUGUUGUCUGGCACGCUUUUUUUUCUAGUAUAUACAUAUGAUCUGAAAGGACGUUUUUAUUGAGAUCGUUUUUAUGUCAGGAUGCGAUAUAAGCUUUUUUAGUUGAAAGAGGAACGUUUACUUGGAAAUAUUUGGAAGUCGACUAACCAUGGCUGUAACCAUGAACUCAGUGUUGUCUCCUGUUCGGUCUCUGAUGCAGAUGUUUGAGGGCAAAGCCCAAGCUUUUAUCAGUGAAAUUGACAAUGUUCAUAUGGUAUGGCUUGAAGAGAUUCAACAAGAGGCCAAUCGCAUGUUCACAAGAGAUUUUAAUGCCGAGCCAGAGCUCAUGCCAAAAACACCCUCACAAAAGAAGACGCGCAGGAAACGUGUAUCUUUAGGCCGUCAGGAAGAUGGUCAGGCCAGAAGAAGGUUUUCAAAGGGCCGACGCAGCAAUCUCCGUGGAUCCUCUUCAAGUGCUCUGAACUGUAUUACUGAGGAAGGAAAUGAUUCUCAGGCUUCUACCUCCAAGAUGGAAAAUACUCGGCCAAAACGGGCUACUCGCAAAAAGCAAACAAAGACUGAUGAAGAGGAAGGAAGGCAGACUCACUGUAGCAGCAAUAAAUCUGAGGAGAUGGUCAGUGUGAAAGCAGAGGUGAUAGAAAUCUUGGAAGAGAAUGAAGAUGAGGAAAAGAAGGGCACAGACGAGAAACCACCCAGCAGCACAGAGUCUCCCAAAAGUAUUCCUUCUCCAGAGUUGGUUGUUUCCAUUUCCCCAGCUGAGCGCCGGUCUGCUGAGUUGGCUGUGGAAGUAGUGACCUCUCCUGGACACACAGUUGUUGAAACUGAAGUGACAGAGCUGAAUGCAAGCAAAAAAUCUUGCAGAAGUUCAGUGCGGCAUUCGCUUAAACUGCGCCACUCUUUGGCUGGAUUGAGACACAGUAUGACCCAGGAGUCCAUCAGACGUGCUUCACGAAGAUCCAUGCUCAAAAGAAAAGUGUCUCGUGUGGGAAACUCUACAUGUAGCAGCAGUGUUGAUGACUCCUGCAUGGAUUCAGUUGAUGAAGAGGCUGAGGUAAUGGUAACCUCUGCACCUAUAGAGCCUGCGACUGAUGCUGUACCUGAACAACCAGAAGAAACUGCUGAGGAAGAAACGGCUUGUGUGAACAAGAUGGUACUCCCUCUAGUUAAGCCUGUUGGGCGUGUAACUCGCUCCGUUGCUGCCCAUUCUCCUAAACUGGCUCCACAACCACUAUUUGCAGUUAAAAUUAACACUCCAGACAAGCGCCCAGUUACUGCAGAGAAGCAAACCUCGCAAUCAAGUCGCCGCUCAAGUACUAAAAGGAAAGCUCCAGAUGUGGAAGAAAGCCCAUCAAAGAGAUCCUCCCCUCCCAAGAAGAGCCAAAGUGCAAUCAAGCCACACAUGAAAUCUUUCCUCCACACUGUUCAGAAGAAUCAGAUGUUAAUGAUGACACCAAAUUCUCUUGGCCGGUCCACUGUUCUCAAGUCCUUCAUUAAACAUACCACUCCCCUAAGGAUGGAUCAAAAGAUGAGCAGUAGUAUAGUGACAAAGGAACGCUACAAACUGGAAGCCCUUAAAAAGAAACAGGAGCAAGAAAUUGAAAGAAUGAAGAAGAUGGAGGAGGAGAAAAAGAAAAAACAGGAAGAACUCAAAAAGAAGAGGGAUGAACGACUGCGGCGAGUUUUUGAAGCCAAAGUCAAAGAAGAGCAGAGAGAGGAGGAGAAGAAAAAGAAGAUUGAGCAAAAGAUGGCUCAGAUUGAUGAGAAAAAUGACAAGCGUGUGGCAGACGAAAAGAAGAAAAAAGUGGCCCUGAAACGCCAAGAGGAGCUGGAACUUAAAAAGAAACAAGAGGAAGAAGCUAGAAAGAAGAAGCUUCAGCAGGAAGAGGAGAAGCGACAGCAAGAAUUGCUGGCCAAGAAGAAGGCUGAGGAAGAGGAGAGGGCUCAGAAACUGACUGAAGCCCGCAGAGCUUUGGAGCUUAAACGAGAGCAGGAGCGUGAGAGGGAGCUGGAGAGGGAGCAAGAAAGACAGGCUGCUGCUGAGAUGGAAAGACUUGAGAGAGAGAAGGCUCUUGCACUGCAACGUGAGGUGCAGCGGGCUGCGAGGGAGAAGGAGAGGAAAGAACUAGAGGAGAAGAGGAAGGCACUUGAGGAAAAACGAAAACUGGAGCAGCAGCUGCGGGUAGCAGCUGAAGAGAAGGCAGCUAAAGAAAGACAAGCUGCUGAAAAGCAGGCUGCAGCUGCUCUUAAUGUUACAGUGGAUAUUGAGCGUUCUGUGAUGAGUACACCUGUGGGCAAAGGGGCAGGAGGGGACGGGCUCAAUGUGACUGUGGAUAUUGAGAGAUCUCCUCAGUCAUACUCCAUCACUCCAAAGGGUGCAAACAAGAUUCCAUCCAAAAACCCUGAGGAUUAUGGCAUGGACCAAAACAGUGACGAUUCCACAGAUGAUGAAUCUGCACCAAGAAAACCUAUUCCAUCCUGGGCUGAAGGACAUAACCUUCAGAUUUUUAUCAAGAAGCAAUAUUUCAACCCUCCAAAUUUGGAUGCCUUCUUUGGAAAAAUUGAACCACCGAAUCUUGAAAACAUCUUUUACAAGAACAAGCCUCGCUAUAUGAAACGCACCAGUUCUGCAGUGUGGCACUCGCCUCCGAUUGGGGGCAAAUAGUGUCUGUAGAGUGAUACAGACUUCUACUGCUGUAUAAAGUUGUUUUUUUAUGUUCAAUAAAGUCUUGUUUGUUAAUUGUAGUUGUAAUGACAGUUUGAAAUAUUGUAACCUAUGUAUGAUAAUAUCAUGGACUUAUAGAGAAGGGUUAGCUGCUUUUUUUUGUACCCAACAGAGAAUCUUUCUUUAAUCAGAUGUGGGUCAAUGUGAUGAGGUAUGGGUUAGUGCAUUGUUAAAAUGACACUGCAAAUACAAUAAGUGUGAUUUUGACCGCAACCCAGUCCCAGAUAAGCGGAAGAAAAUGGAUGGAAUGGUGAUUUUGACUGGUUGUAGUUUCCAACUUGGUGAAAUACACAGAAAAUAUUGAUAAACAGAAAAGUGAAUAAAUUUAUUACAUUUUCU